GCCAAAAUAUACCAAGGAAUUCCGUCAAUGUAUAAUAUUAUUUGCCAAGUCGAGACUUAAAAUUAGACAUAACUCUAGGACUGACUGAAUUCAGAAAAGGUGCAUAAUUGUAUCCGGCUUUUCAUUAACGGACGUUGUCUGCCAUAGGGUUUCAGGAUGUCAUGUUUCAAUGUGGAAGGACAGAAGCAGACUUCAUUCGAAGAACUCCCCAACAGCGAUGUUUAUUUACAGUUCGAAGAUGAAAAACCUAGAGACCCACUGCAAUUCCCGAACAAAGGUGAUACGUUCUUUAAGCCACCCGGCCACUCUUUACUCUAUCACUUGAAUCAAGUCAAGAAAAAUGCUCUCAAUCCGGUCGACUUUGCUGCCAGACUGGGAGAGCUGGUGCUUAACUCCGUAUACAUGACUAUGCUGAUGGGAUUGUCGUUAGGAAUUCCUAUAUCAAUGCUUUAUAUGGGGUUCACCUAUUAUCACAAAUGUCCAGCAGAGUUCUUGAUCCCUUUCUACCUGCUCAUCAAUGGCUUCAUCUUGAUUCUGAGACAGUUACUCGAUCUUAAACUUAGGUAUCAGAGAAGAUUAUUAUCUCCGUCAAAACAACAUCUACCACAGCAGCUAACGUGUGGUGUUUGCUGCAUCCAGUUACUAACUGUCCUCGCCCUUUCAUUCUUCAUUGCAAGUAACAUCUGGAUUGUGAGCGUGAGCCCUGUGAAUGAUCGAUACAGUCUCAACUUCUGCCAUCCUUUCCUCUACUCGUACGUGUGCUGGCUGACGAUAGGAACAUACUCACUGCUGGCUUUGGGUGUAUGCUUCUGUUUUGGAGGCACAGUCAUUGGGUGUGCAGUGAGAGGGUGUGACUGAAAAACAGCUCAAUGGGUACAUGCUUUAUUUAGCUGCACCAAGACGGCUGCUGACCAAAUAUAUACGCAUACUUGUAACUACAGUAUAUUUACAUUGUAUUUACACUGUAGCUCAUAAAGGUGGAAUUUUUUUUUUU